UUCUCUUUUUAAUUUUAACUAGUAAAGAUUUUCAUAUACUCUGUCUAUUUUACAUCCAUGGCUUCUUUUUCAUCCCCUGUGGCUAUCAUCUUCUCCUUCGUCUUCUUAUGCUCUCUCGCCGCUGCAAAUGAAGUCACCGUUGGUGGAAAGUCUGGUGACUGGAAGAUCCCUCCUUCCGCAUCUUACUCCUUCACGGAAUGGGCUCAAAAAGCUCGUUUCAAAGUCGGCGACUUUAUCGUUUUUCGGUAUGAAGCUGGUAAAGACUCUGUUUUGCAAGUAACACAAGGAGCAUACAAGAGCUGUAACACCACGAACCCUUUGGCUACAUACACCGAUGGAGAGACCAAGGUGAAACUGGACAGGUCCGGUCCAUUUUACUUCAUUAGUGGAGCCGAUGGUCACUGUGAGAAAGGUCAGAAGCUGAGCCUUGUUGUGGUUAGUCCUCGUCACAGAGCUUUAUCUCCGGCUCCUUCUCCGGUUGAGUUUGAAGAUGGUCCAGCCGUGGCUCCAGCUAUGACUAGUGGCUCAGCUAGGCUUGGUGGUGGGUUUGUUGUGUUAGGUCUUCUUCUUGGUCUAUGGGCUUGGUUCUGAUUUGGAACCAUGUGGGUUUUGCCUUAUGGAUUAGCUUUUUGUUUCUAAAAUGCUUUUUCUUUUUCUUUAGUUUCUCUUUUAUUACGUCUUGUUAGCUUUGAGAUCUAUGUUGGUCUUGGCUCUUCGCUACUAUUAAAUUCAAUUUAUUAUUUAUCAAGAUCACCAGAAAAUGUUAAAAUUUUAAAUAACUGAUCUCUCUUAAACUAUAUGAAAAGUUU